UGUUCCAUCGAAAAGGGGCGAAUGCACUCUAUGGCUUAAUUAAUCUGUGUAACGGAGCCAAUCAUUCGGCUCGAAACACACUUUUUCCUCAAGACCGUGUACAGUAGUUAGAAUAUUACUGUAGUUCAUAAAGACCUGUAUCCUCGCACACCUUUCUUCCACGAGAAACUAUACCUUGCCUCCGGUUGCGCCAAGACAGAUAAGAUCACUUACACUGAGCGCAUCCAUCUAUAUACGCACGUCCCUUGGCCAUGGCGAUGCACUUCGCCCCCUCUAUCAAUCAAUGGCGUCGUUCACGACACGUGGCAGUAAAGACACCUGCUGCCUAGUGCUGGUAGUGCUGCUGCUGGCGCUCCAGCUUGUUGCCCGCGGCAGCGAUGGCGCCGCGGCGUUCUCCGGGCUGUACACGUUCCGCGGCCCGGGCGAGGCCGAGGCCUUCGAGGCCGCGCUGCUUCGCCAGGCGUGCUUCAACGUCUCCUCCUCGUCCGGGGGCGAGCAGGGCUGCGUGUCGCGCCUCGAUACGGCGCGCGGCGGCGCAGGCAGUGGGCCCGUGCCGGUCCUGCGCGCCGCGCUCCGCGACACGCUCGGCGAGGCCGUGGGCGCCGCGGAGGCCGUGGCCGGGCUGGCGUCGCUGUCCAACCACGCGCGCGAGGAGAUGGCCGUGCGCGACUGCGUGGAGCUGCUGGGUUACUCCGUGGACGAGCUCGGGUGGUCGCUCGACGCCAUGGCCGACGACGCCUCCGUCGUCGACGCGGAGACGGAAGAGAAGGAGCAGCACGAGCGUGCCCGUUCGGCGGCAUCGAUGGCCGCCGAGGAGAGCCUGCACGCGUGGCUGAGCGCGGCGCUGGGCAACCAGGACACCUGCGUGCAGGGCUUCCACGGCACCAAGGACGGCCGCCUGCUGCGCCCCGUCGAGGCGUCCGUGGCGCGGCUCACGCAGCUCGUCGGCAACCUCCUCGCCAUGCACCAGCGGCUCCGCAGCAUCAUGCCUCUGCACCAACACGGCAAGAACAGCACGGCUGAUGAGCUGCCGCCGUGGGUGACGGACAGCGUCGACGAGGAGCUGGCGCGCGCCCACGGCGGGUCUAGCGGGAAGAAGAAGAAGGCGAUGCGGGUGGAUGUCGUUGUGGCGCAGGACGGGAGCGGCAGGUACCGGACCGUGGGCGAGGCCGUGGCGCGCGCGCCGAGCCACAGCCGACGCAGGUACGUCAUCUACGUGAAGCGCGGCGUGUACCACGAGAACGUGGACGUGACCAAGAAGAAGACCAACCUGGCGCUCGUCGGCGAGGGCAUGGGCGAGACCGUCAUCACCGGCAGCCGCAGCUUCUCUUCCGGCUGGACCACCUUCCGCAGCGCCACCGUCGCGGUGUCGGGCGCGGGGUUCCUGGCGCGGGACCUGACGAUCCGGAACACGGCGGGGCCGGGGGCGCGGCAGGCGGUGGCGCUGCGGGUGGACUCGGACCGGUCCGCCUUCUACCGCGUGGCACUCGAGGGCCACCAGGACACGCUCUACGCGCACUCGCUCCGCCAGUUCUACCGCGACUGCCGCGUCUCCGGCACCGUCGACUUCGUCUUCGGCAACGCCGCGGCGGUCAUCCAGCGGACGCUGCUCGCCACGCUGCCGCUGGCCCCGGGCCAGACGGCGGGCACGGUCACGGCGCAGGGCCGCAAGGACCCGAACCAGAGCACGGGGUUCGCGCUCCACAACUGCGUCGUGCAGGCCCAGCACCCGACCUACCUGGGCCGGCCCUGGAGGCCCUUCUCGCGGGUGGUCGUCAUGGAAUCCUACCUGGGCCCCGGCGUGCGCGCGCAAGGGUGGUUGGAGUGGGCCGGGAAUGCCGGGCUGGGGACGGUGUUCUAUGGGGAGUACAGGAACUUCGGGCCCGGGGCCGGGGUCGCCGGGAGGGUCAGGUGGCCUGGGUACCACGUGAUCUUUGACCCGGCGUGGGCCGGCCGAUUCACCGUGCGGCGGUUCAUCGAUGGGAUCGCGUGGCUGCCGUCCACCGGCGUCACCUUCACCGCCGACUUGAUCAAGAAAUGAAUGACGUGCGAAUCACCGUGCUCCUGCAUAGUAGUUUCAUUAGUUUGGAUGGGUGGAAAUAUGCGAUCGAUGUAUUCCUUCUCUUCUUUUUGUAAGGUGAAAAUUUGGGUGCAAACCUAGUUACUCCAAUAUUUGUUUGUUUGAAAGAGAGCUAAACCAAAUAUAACAUGCUCUAGUCUUGUCUAAGUCAAAUUUCUUAAAAUUUGACCAAAUUUGUAAGUAAAUUAGGACGUGGGUUGUGAAAUUGUUGUGACCUUAUAGAUUCACACUCAGUUAAUAAUACUGCUUGCUUUGCUUCUGGA